AUGUCAAACACCACAAAACCGUCACACACAAUGACACGAACGCUAGGCGUUGCUGCUCAUCUUGCACCUCAACCCACGGGACCUCAACCCACGGGACCUCAACCCACGGGACCUCAUCCCACGGGACCUCAACCCACGGGUCCUCAACCCACGGGACCUCAACCCACGGGACCUCAACCCACGGGACCUCAACCCACGGGUCCUCAUCCCACGGGACCUCAACCCACGGGUCCUCUUGCACCUCAACCCACGGGACCUCAACCCACGGGACCUCAACCCACACCUCACCCACGGGACCUCAACCCACGGGUCCUCAACCCACGGGACCUCAACCCACGGGACCUCAACCCACGGGACCUCAACCCACGGGUCCUCAACCCACGGGUCCUCAACCCACGGGACCUCAACCCACGGGACCUCAACCCACGGGUCCCACGGGACCUCAACCCACGGGUCCUCAACCCACGGGUCCUCAACCCACGGGACCUCAACCCACGGGUCAACCCACGGGACCUCAACCCACGGGACCUCAACCCACGGGACCUCAACCCACGGGACCUCAACCCACGGGUCCUCAUCCCACGGGACCUCAACCCACGGGUCCUCAACCCACGGGACCUCAACCCACGGGACCUCAACCCACGGGACCUCAACCCACGGGUCCUCAACCCACGGGACCUCAACCCACGGGACCUCAACCCACGGGUCCUCAACCCACGGGACCUCAACCCACGGGACCUCAACCCACGGGUCCUCAACCCACGGGACCUCAACCCACGGGACCUCAACCCACGGGUCCUCAACCCACGGGACCUCAACCCACGGGACCUCAACCCACGGGUCCUCAACCCACGGGUCCUCAACCCACGGGACCUCAACCCACGGGUCCUCAACCCACGGGACCUCAACCCACGGGACCUCAACCCACGGGUCCUCAACCCACGGGACCUCAACCCACGGGACCUCAACCCACGGGUCCUCAACCCACGGGACCUCAACCCACGGGACCUCAACCCACGGGUCCUCAACCCACGGGACCUCAACCCACGGGACCUCAACCCACGGGUCCUCAACCCACGGGACCUCAACCCACGGGACCUCAACCCACGGGUCCUCAACCCACGGGACCUCAACCCACGGGACCUCAACCCACGGGACCUCAACCCACGGGUCCUCAACCCACGGGACCUCAACCCACGGGACCUCAACCCACGGGACCUCAACCCACGGGACCUCAACCCACGGGACCUCAACCCACGGGUCCUCAACCCACGGGACCUCAACCCACGGGACCUCAACCCACGGGACCUCAACCCACGGGACCUCAACCCACGGGACCUCAACCCACGGGACCUCAACCCACGGGACCUCAACCCACCGGACUUCAACCCACGGGACCUCAAUCCACGGGACCUCAACCCACGGGACCUCAAGGCACCGGACUUCAACCCACGGGACCUCAACCCACGGGACCUCAACCCACGGGACCUCAACCCACCGGACUUCAACCCACGGGUCCUCAACCCACGGGACCUCAACCCACGGGACCUCAAUCCACGGGACCUCAACCCACGGGUCCUCAACCCACGGGUCCUCAACCCACGGGUCCUCAACCCACGGGACCUCAACCCACGGGACCUCAACCCACGGGACCUCAACCCACGGGUCCUCACGGGACCCAACCCACGGGACUUCAACCCACGGGACCUCAACCCACGGGUCCUCAACCCACCGGACCUCAACCCACCGGACCUCAACCCACGGGUCCUCAACCCACGGGACCUCAACCCACGGGACCUCAACCCACGGGACCUCAACCCACGGGACCUCAACCCACGGGACCUCAACCCACCGGACUUCAACCCACGGGACCUCAACCCACGGGACCUCAACCCACGGGACCUCAACCCACGGGACCUCAACCCACCGGACCUCAACCCACGGGACCUCAGUGCCUAUAAUGUUACCUUGCAGUGCUCCGUAAAACAACGUUACACCGCUCAUCAACAAAUCCCGUGUAGUUGA